AUGCUCGUAAUAGGCCAAGCAUCUCGCCCAUCAUGGGGUGGAUUGUUGACGAUGGCUCUUCUUGGAGCCUCAAGAACAACAUGGGCUGUAGAAUUGGAUAUUGAAAGUGGAGAUUCCCUCAAAAAGGCCGCGAAGGCAGUCGCCACAAAUAUGAUGACCUAUUAUACUGGCAUGAACCCCGGAGAUAACCCCGGUAACCUUCCAGAUCCAUACUACUGGUGGGAAGCUGGAGCGAUGUUCAACAGCUUGAUUGACUACUGGUAUUUCACUGGCGACGACACAUGGAAUAAUAUCACCACACAAGGACUACUCUGGCAAGCUGGACCCAACGCAGCGUUCAUGCCAAACAAUCAGACCAAGACAGAAGGAAAUGACGAUCAAGCCUUUUGGGGAUUCGCAGCUAUGUCUGCCGCAGAGCGCAACUUUCCCAAUCCCCCAAGUAGUCAACCACAAUGGUUGGAAAUGGCUCAAGCAACAUUCAAUACCCAGGCCGCGCGGUGGGAUACUUCGACAUGCGGUGGAGGUUUGCGAUGGCAGAUUUUUACAUGGAACAAUGGAUACACCUACAAGAACACAAUAUCUACUGGCGGGUUUUUCAAUUUGGCUGCACGCUUGGCGAGGUAUACUGGCAACAAUACGUAUACGGAAUGGGCUGAGAAAGCGUGGGAUUGGACGUAUGACGUCGGCUUCAUGACUCCCGAGUACCACUUCUGGGAUGGCGCGAGUGAUUUAUCUAAUUGUACGGACAUGAACAAGAUCGAAUGGACGUAUAAUACUGGUGUUUUCCUGCUAGGAGCAGCAAAUAUGUGGAAUGUGACGGAAGAUCCCAAAUGGAAAGAUCGCAUCACGAAAACACUAAAGGCAGCAGAUAUAUUCUUUGAGAAGGACGUCUUGCUUGAACGUGCCUGUGAGACCGUCAAUACUUGCAUGGUUGAUCAGCGAUCUUUCAAAGGUUAUCUAGCCCGAUGGAUGGCCGCCACGACUCAGGUAGCACCGUUCACUUACGACUUGAUUAUGCCCAAACUCAAGGCGUCCGCCUCUGCAGCUGCUAAGUCUUGCAGUGGCGGAGAGGCAGGGACAACAUGUGGUCUCAAAUGGACUGAUCAGAAAUGGGACAGCACGAAAGACUUUGGACAGCAAAUGGCUGCUCUGGAAGUUAUUCAGAGUAAUUUGAUUACUCGCGUUGAUCCACCUGUUACCAGUGACAACGGCGGCACUAGCAAAGGUAACCCUAGUGCCGGUGGCAUGCCUCAGCAGCCGAAGCCCCAUGCUCUUUCAUAUGCCAUCACAACUGCCGAUAGAGCUGGCGCCGGCAUCCUGACAUUAAUGAUGAUCGUCGCUAUUGGGGGAUCUGUUGGGUGGAUGGCCUGGGACUGA